CUCUCUUCCGAAAUGGUGCAGAAGUCCCUCGGAGCAUGACGAAGAGUGACGAGCUGUGCCUGGGGUGACAGUAUCCUCGCUAUACCACAGAAGCCUCGCCUGCAUCGCCUGAGGGCUACUGGAGUUUGAUAGCGGAGAUUACAAGAGCUGCAUCGUCUUGAGGAUGCCAUUUUCGUUUGCUGUAGUGUUGGUGAUGGUCAAGCUGCCUCUCUCCUCCGCAGUCGUUUCGAACGUCUGUGCUCUUGGCAUCGAGCCACGCCCGCCCCUACCCUCAUUCUCCACGCUCACCCAUAGCUACUUUCUAUCAAUUCAAAUCUCAUGCAAGCAUGUUUGCGACCUUGAAUUCGUUCCAAAGGCGUGUCUUGUGCUUAAUGAACGUUCUCUACGCCCCUCGUUCCGAUCAUGCGCAAAUAUCCAAGAUCUCAAUGAAGCCAUCCGCCACCUCCUAACAUCCCUCCUAUGGUUGGAGGGGUGAGUGCUUCCAUGUAUCACUUCGUAUCAAACGAACAUCAACGCAGUGCUCUAGACAAAACAGAUUCCGAGAGUGUUUGGCAUCAAGC